AGGGAUUCUUUUCUGUUCUUCGGUUUCUGAAUUCUGAUCGGAAGUGAGUAGUUGAUAAGAGGAAGAUGUUUGCCGCUUCUUGCCUUGCCUCGUGCUGCGCAGCCUGCGCUUGCGAGGCAUGCCGGUCAGUGGUGUCUGAGAUUGGACGACGCUCCGCUCGGAUUGCGUAUUGUGGUCUCUUCGCUUUUUCUUUGAUUGUCUCAUGGAUUCUCAGAGAAGCUGCUGCCCCGCUUAUGGAGAAGAUUCCUUGGAUUAAUCAUUUCCACCAAACUCCUGAUAGGGAGUGGUUUGAAACAGAUGCGGUACUGCGUGUGAGCUUGGGAAACUUCCUAUUCUUCACCACCUUUGCUAUUAUAAUGAUUGGAGUCAAGAAUCAGAAGGAUCCUCGGGACCAAUUGCACCAUGGUGGAUGGAUGUUGAAGAUUGUUAGCUGGUGUCUGUCGAUAAUUUUAAUGUUUUUCCUUCCAAAUGGGAUCGUCAGCUUCUAUGAGACAAUAUCAAGAUUUGGCUCAGGAUUGUUUCUUCUUGUUCAAGUUGUCCUCUUAUUGGAUUUUGUUCAUGAAUGGAAUGACAGAUGGGUUAGAAAGAAUGAGCAGUUCUGGUACAUUGCAUUGUUUGUUGUUUCACUUGCAUGUUAUGUGGCAACAUUCUCCUUCUCAGGGCUGCUCUUUCAUUGGUUCACUCCAUCAGGACAUGAUUGUGAACUGAACACCUUCUUUAUUGUCAUGACUCUGAUUUUGGCAUUUGUCUUUGCAAUUGUCGUACUGCAUCCUGCGGUGGGUGGCAGCAUUUUACCUGCUUCAGUUAUCUCUCUUUACUGCACAUACCUUUGCUACAACGGACUUAACAGUGAACCCAGGGACUAUGAGUGCAAUGGCCUUCACAGAGAUUCCAAAGCUUCCCCAACAGGAACACUUGCCUUUGGACUUCUCACCACAGUUCUCUCAGUUGUUUACUCUGCUGUUCGUGCUGGAUCAUCCACAACCUUCCUUGCAGAAUCAAGCUCACCCGAUGCAGACAAGCCGUUGCUUCCGUUGAACAAGGUUGAUGAACCAGAUGAGAAGAAGGAUGAAGCUGCUAGGCCAGUCAAGUAUUCAUAUGCUUUCUUCCAUAUCAUCUUUUCUCUCGCUAGCAUGUACUCGGCAAUGCUUUUAACAGGUUGGUCAACUUCAGUUGGGGGAAGUGGAAAGCUGGUUGAUGUUGGGUGGCCAUCUGUGUGGGUCCGGAUUGUAACAGGGUGGGCCACUGCAGCUUUGUACAUCUGGUCUCUAGUUGCCCCUCUUUUGUUCCCAGAGAGGGAGUUCUGAAUGACUUUUAAUCCUCCAAACUUAUGUGGUAUAUGAUCUUCACCUUUGUACAUGUGUGAGUAAGUCUGUUCCAUAUGCGGCUUUGUAGCUUCACAGACCAUCUCCUUGUUUGGAGAGGCUAAGUUGCGGAACAGUUGACUGUUAAUAAGAAAACAAUGUGUUGUGUG